GUUACAUAUAACGCAGUUUGUUGCUUGGUGAAAGAAGCAGGGCUGGGUCCACAUAAUUUCUCAGCUUGCUAGUUUUCUGCGUGUGAAUUUCUUCGCUUCUGUACAGCUGUCAAUUUACACAUUUCACGAAACCAUAGUACAUGGUGUAUUAAUAUGUACAUGUGCCGAUAGUGUUGGGAACUUGAACAAAUAUCGUUGAAAGAUAGUCACUAUCACGAGUGACGCAUUCAUUCUCCAGCGCUAGAUACAGUGCGAAUGACGAAAACGCUGUAGCCAGCUAGCGCCUAGCUUAGCUCCUAGUUGUUUUCAUUGGGAACAUAGCUAGCACGCUGCUAGCUGAAGCUUGACAAGCAAUGGACGACAAGUCAUUCACCAAGGAGUUGGAUGGGUGGAUCGAGCAACUCAACGAGUGCAAGCAGCUUUCGGAAAACCAAGUCAAAGCGCUCUGCGAAAAGGCCAAGGAAAUCCUAACGAAGGAGUCCAACGUGCAGGAGGUCAGAUGUCCGGUCACGGUGUGCGGGGACGUCCACGGCCAGUUCCACGACCUGAUGGAGCUGUUCCGGAUCGGGGGAAAGUCCCCUGACACCAACUACCUCUUCAUGGGGGACUACGUAGACCGGGGCUACUACUCUGUGGAGACGGUCACACUGCUGGUCUCUCUGAAGGUCCGGUACCGUGAGCGAAUCACGAUCCUGCGAGGGAACCACGAGUCUCGUCAGAUCACUCAGGUGUACGGCUUCUACGACGAGUGUCUGAGGAAGUACGGCAAUGCCAACGUGUGGAAGUACUUCACCGACCUGUUCGACUACCUGCCCCUCACCGCCCUGGUGGACAACCAGAUUUUCUGCCUCCAUGGAGGACUGUCACCCUCAAUAGACACACUGGAGCACAUCAGAGCGCUGGAUCGCCUGCAGGAGGUUCCUCACGAGGGUCCCAUGUGUGACUUGUUGUGGUCAGACCCAGACGAUCGAGGCGGCUGGGGCAUCUCUCCCCGGGGGGCAGGCUACACAUUCGGACAGGACAUCUCUGAAACCUUCAACCAUGCCAACGGACUCACCCUCGUCUCCAGAGCCCACCAGCUGGUCAUGGAGGGUUAUAACUGGUGCCAUGACCGUAACGUGGUGACCAUCUUCAGUGCUCCAAACUACUGCUAUCGCUGUGGAAACCAGGCCGCCAUCAUGGAACUGGAUGACACGCUCAAGUACUCCUUCCUGCAGUUUGACCCCGCCCCUCGCAGAGGAGAGCCCCAUGUAACCCGACGCACGCCAGACUAUUUCCUGUAAACGUUCCGGCGCCUGUAAAGUAUUGAUCUUCUCGAGGAAGUUGUAGAGAAGGAGGUGCCGAGUAGGGAGAGAUGAUGGCAUAUGAGAUAUGAAGCAUCCACACCAUCACGUGGACCAAAAUGUGUGCCAUAUUAACAAUGCAUAUAUCCAAAACCCACCCAACACUACUGCCCUUGAAAACACACCUUUCUCUCUCUCUCUUGCACUCUCUCUCUCUUUCUCUCGCACUCUCUCUCUUUCUCUCGCUCUCUCUCUCGCGCUCUCUCUCGCUCUCUCUCGCGCUCUCUCUCUCUCUCUCUCUCUCUCUCGCGCGCGCUCUCUCGCUCUCUCUUUCUCUCUGUGCAUGCUGUUUUUAUCUCUGGAAAAACGAUUGUCAUUAUGAUGAAGAUUACAGUCACAACUAUACCUGCUGGUUUUGUCAGGAGAACUAUAUCUGCUAUGAGGUUAAAUGCUGAUACUAAUGUGCUUAAUUGUUAGGAUGUGAUCAUGGUUAGAGUAUUGCCACAUAGAGCCGCAUAAUUUAUUUUAGCAUGGCCUCAAAUCCGAGGUUGCAGUUAGUGUAAAAUAUGUGAACAUGAUUUUCUUUCUUUUUUUUACUUAAACUUUUCAAGGUUAUUACAAGGUGAUAAAAAUAGAAUUAUUUCUCCUCUGCACUUUUUGUAUUUUAUUUCUAUCACAUGGCACUGACAAACUGCAUCCUUUUUUAUAUUUAACCUCAGCAUUGGUAAACUUUCAGUGUCACUCAACUGUCCUUUUUGUGUCAAAGUCAAAUGUAUUUAAAUUGACUAGAUUCUGGUACAAUAUGGCAUCCAUUGUAAGAUAUCUUUAUGUUUUGCAGCCUCGGCUAUAUAAUAAAGAGAGAAGUUGCACCUUGCAUACCUACUUAUCUAAAACUAUUUAUAUUCGUCACAAAGGUCCUGCACGUGCACAGCAAUUCCAUUCACGCCAGUGGGUGACGCGCAUUUGCAUUUCCAUACUUAUGUACCACAUCACGCGCACAACGCAGGAACUUUGUGAUUUGCGCCCAGGGGAGGGUGCAGGUGGUGGUGGUGGUCUCACACGCAAGACAUCAGUGUUCUCUUUCCGUUAACAGUGUUGGUUCAAGUAUUACUACUAAAAUGUAUGAUACAUGUAUUUUUCAAUGAUCAAUUAUGUAUUAGAAAACCAUAGAACGUCUGGAAUUAAAGGAUGUCAUAUUUCAAAAUAAAAGUCCCUGUGCAUUUUGCUGUCGAAA